AUGGCUUCCCUCCAGUUCACCCAGCCUGCCGGCACAUCCCGCGCAACAGCCUCAGUUCAGUCCAACGGAACAGUCUCCCCAGCAGGACUUCGUCUUAACCCUCAAAGCCGCGUUCAUUUUCAACAGAAGCAUCGUCUAGCCCAGAUCCAAGCUUCCGGAUCCCACUCUCGGUCAUCUUCAGUGUACUCCCCUGCUCAAUCAGCCCAAUUCUACGCUUCGUCUGCUCCGUCAUCUUCAGCUGCUCUGAAUCGCCGCCAGCGUCCUCCUGUGCCACUGUUCGCUCAAAGUCUUCAGGGUACAACCAACAAGAUGGAUAUCCAAGACCUUGACUUGGAGGAUUUCACCGGCUUCGAGGGUGGUGCUUCCACCACAUACUCGUCGCCUGCAAUGCCCUCGGUCUUCGACGUCGGUCCUACCAAUCUAGGCACCGUUUCUCCACAGGACCUGCUCAUCCAGGAGCCCUUCAUGUCUGCUCCGAACUCAACAGCUUUGACUGCCCUUACAUCGCCGUCGAUCUACAAUGAGUCGCCAGACUUCAACGAUGGCUAUGAUGUCUCUCCCAGCUUUGACUCGGGCGAUUUUGGAUCAGCAGACUUUGACCACACCGCUGGUGAUCCUUGGUUCCCCCUCUUUCCCCAGGAGUCCACCUCCGUCACGAAAGACGCUGCCGGCGUCGAGGGAACCCAGAAGCUGCAGACUGAUCAGUCUCCUGCGCUCAAUGCUGAUGACCUGGAGGUGGUCGAAUUUACUUCUACUACGGGUCGCCGGAAGUCUGUCAACUCUUCCCCAACUGGGUCCGCUCGUCACUCGUCGGUGUCGGGUGUGAACUCCCGUCGACGAGACAAGCCACUGCCUCCUAUCAUUGUUGAGGAUCCGAAUGACACCACCGCCAUGAAGCGUGCUCGCAAUACUUUGGCUGCACGCAAGUCUCGUGAGCGCAAGGCCCAACGGUUUGAAGAUUUGGAGGAGAAGAUUCGUAAGCUUGAAGAAGAGCGUGACCACUGGAAGAGCAUUGCUCUGGGUCGAUCUUGA